UGUUGUAUAGGUUAUGGAAUGUGGAGCAUGAUAAAAUAAUUUAAGAACAAUGAUUAUAAUUAUCCGCCGGAGCUUAACAAAUGGUUGUUUAAUAUAAAUAUUUAUCUACCCACAUAACUAACGAGAACAAUCAAUCGAGCCGAUCAUAUUUGCGACUUCAUUUAAAUAAAUAACAAUUCUAGACAUAAUGACCUGCAGUAGACAUAGUUCUCGAAAGUAAUAAUAAAAAACAUGGACCAAAAGUCUACUUUUAUCAACGUAUCAUUGAAAAAUUGAAAUACAAAUAUAGCGAUAAUAAUUACAUACAAAGAUAUUAACAAUUUAUAUCGCAAAGAUUAGGAAAUGGCAGCGAUAAGCAUUUUACAGUUUUGUAGCGAUUCCCUAUUCUCAUACAAAAUAUAAAACUUCCAAGCGCGUGGCUCUAGGUAUGUGACAAAACAAACACUUUUACUUACAACGAACACGACAGUAUAAACUAGCGCAACAAAAUACGCAAGUAUACCUACAUGCAGGCUAGAUAGGGCACAUCGCAGUGGCUGCGUGUCUAGGCUAGGUUCGUUAGGCAGGUAGGUACCGGUAUCAAAGGGCCGAGGGGAUUUCGCUGACACUUUCGUAAUCCGUGGAAACGUGGGCUCUGAAUGCCGCGGCGGGCUGGCAACGCCGCGCGCGCGACCGACGACCUCGCGUUAUCGCCACCCGCGGUGACGCGUACCGCCGAAAGGUCACCGGUCGCCGCAUUCGCCAUCAUCUGCUAAUGUCUUCGCCAUCUAAACAAUCGCAGUUUCGACACGGGGUCCCAUAAGAACACCGUGAUAAAAUAUUCUCUCGCGUAACGAUGACGUGGCCACGCUCCCCGUCGCCGGCUCUCGCUCGCACCCACCCGCCGCGUCCCGCCGGCUCCGCCCCCCUCCGACCGCCACGCCGCCUAGCGGCAGCGCUGCGAAAUGUAUACGACGUCUAUACAGCGUUGCCACUUCGUACCUAUAAUUUCGCUGGACGUAAAUUUCAACCGAAACAGUUCAAUGGACUUUUCGAAAACUCUAAACGUGUCAGGUAACGACUAAAGUCUCGUGUUGCUAACGAAUACUGUAGAAAGUGGUGUUACUCAGUUUGUUUAAAGAAAUCUGUGAUAUUUGAGUGCAAGUUCGUGCCCGCGCUUGUGAGAUCCGUGACGAGACCUACAGUGGAAUAGUUGAGCUGUUUUGGUCUAAAAGGCCAUCGGUGCGGGUGCAGUGUGGGUGCCGUGGGCGUGGGCGUGUGUGUGUGUUGGUGAGUGAGUGUGUGGGCCCAUGGCGCGUAGCUAGCGGCGAGCGCACGCGGCAUGCGCGCCUAGCCAUGCCGGAGCUCGGCACCAUAUGGCGCAGUACACACAACGGUCACAGCCGAUGCACAGGUACCUAAGCAUAGCGAGGCCGGGGCAGUCGGAGCACGGGCACGCGGGCGGUGCGGGCUACGGCAAACCGGCGGGCGUGCAGCCCCGCGCGCCACCCGCACCCUACGCGCAACCCUACCAGCCGCCCCUGCGACUGCACAACCCCGGAUACGGCUCCGCUCCACUCUCAUACAGAGAUGGCGGCUACGGGCGCAACGAUUACCGCGGGGGCGGCGGCGGGGGGCGCGUGUCGCUGCUGGGGGGUGCGUACCUGCCGCCGCCCGCGCCGCCGCUGCACCACCCCCCGCCCGCAGACCCGCCGCCCUUCAAGAAGAUCCGCCUCAGUGCAGAGCGACCCGCAGCGCACCACCCCCAGCUGCGAGUCGAUACCAGGGAGUCGGUGUAUAACAUCGUGGAGGUGCUGUCACCGAACCCGCCGUCGGAGCCCACGUUAGAGGACCACAACUUCCGCACCACCAAAGAUGACCUGCUGCAGCAGAUAUCGAAGGUGGACCGCGAGAUGGCGCUGUCGGAGGCCACGCUGCAGAACUUAAAGAAGAAGGCGGCGGAGCUGGAGCUGGCUGCCACGAGACCCUCGCGCCCAGCGGAGCCCGAGGAAGCCCCUUCACGGCAUCGCAGCCUCGCACAGUGUAUAUAUGCUGAUAACAGGAAAAAGGCGAGCGCGGCGCACGCCUCGCUGGCACACCUCGGACCCACCAUCUCCUUCCCGCUGUACAACCAGCCCCAGGACACGGAGGUCUACCAUGAGAACCUACGGAAACACCGCACCUUCAGGAAACGACUCUCGGAACACAUACGAAGGAUAAAAGAAGAGGCGGAAAAGAAAGAAGACGCAUUAGCAGAGGAAUACAGCCGGCGAGCAGCGGAUUGGAUGCGGCGAGUGGAGAGGAUAGAGCAAAGUCAAAAGAGGAAGGCAAAAGACGCGAGGAACAGGGAAUUCUUUGAGAAGGUGUUCCCGGAGCUCCGCAAGCAGCGCGAGGAGCGGGAGAGGUUCAACCGGCUGGGGGCGCGCGUCAAGUCCGAGGCCGAGCUGGAGGAGAUCGCGGACGGGCUGCACGAGCAGGAGCACGAGGACAAGAAGAUGCGCUCCCUCACCGUGGUGCCGCCGCUCAUGAGGGAACCCGGCACACCCACGAUACUCACCAACAUGCGGUGCAUGGACAUGGAGACUGAGCACAAGGAGCUGCAGCUGCGCAACGUGUGGUCUCCGGCGGAGCGGGACCUCUUCCGCGAGAAGUACCUCCAGCAUCCCAAGAACUUCGGACAGAUAGCCUCGUUCCUGCCGAGGAAGACUGUCAAAGACUGUGUCCGGUUCUACUACCUGUCGAAGAAGGCGAAGAACUACAAGCAGCUGCUGCGCAAGCCGCGCCAGCGCCGCUCCACGCGCAACCCCCCGCGCACCGCCCCCGAGCCAGAGAUGCCCUCCGGCGUGCUCACCCGCCUGCAGCGCUCGCAGGGAACAUCAGCUCGAGCGACAGAUUCGAAGGAGGCGUGCGUAGAGGAGAUGACUCCAGAGCAGCUGAACAUGAUCCCGGUGCCCCCGCAGCCGGAGCCCUUACACCUGGGCCAGCUGGGGCCGGAGGGCGAGCUGCAGUUGCAGGACAUGCAGGACAUGCACAUGCAUGCAAUGCACGCUCCCAUGCUGGACAUGCAGUGCUCCGACCCCAUGAUGGGGGAGCAGAUGAACAUGCAGGGUAUGAAUAUGCAGGGCAUGCAUAUGCAGAGCUUGCAGUCGAUUCAAUCCCCGCCAUCGCCACAAUCAAUACAAUUAUUACAACCCAGUCAUCCAGCGAGGCCAGAAAUGAACCGGACGCCGCCCCUACCGCCGUCCCCUCCCCCAGCGUCCUCCGCGCCCUCAGCGCCACAGCCCUUCACCGCCACGAGCACAGCCGCCAGCACCAGCUCCACCACCACCAGCACAGGCACAAGCGUCAGUACAAUCACCAGCACGAGUACCAGCACAAGUGCCGCACUCAGUACAGUCACGAUCACCGUCACGCCGGUGGGUGAGACGCCGGGCAGUCCUGCGCCUGCCACCAGCGUGACAACUAUCACGAGCACGUGCUCGAGCGUGACAAGCGCGCCCAGUCCCGUGCCCGACAGCCAACUGGUAGUGGAGAUGUCGCUGGCAUCAGUUCCAUUACCCACCGUGGCGCCGGCUAGCACGCCACCCACAUUCACAGCGACUGUCACCAGCGUGAUUACCACAACGUGUUCAGCGACCGCGUCCUGCCCGACCGCGGUGUCUUGCCCGACCGCGGCGUGCCCGGUGUCGUCGGGCAGCGCGCCGCCCACGCCGCAACCCGCGCAGCCGCCCACGCCCACGCAGCCCCCGCCCACGCCUGAACCGGGUCAGUACAUUUUGAAAACUCUAAAUGGUCGAAGGGAAGCGUUACAGGGGAGGAGAUGUAAGGAAAGGGAAAUUCUUAUUCUGCACUUUUCAAGGUUAAAGUGA